CACUUUCGGUACGGAAGGGCGUUUUCGUCUCACUAAAACUUUUAAAAACUUUUCGUUGAAAUAAAAUUCGCGCCAACUUCUCUAUCUUUUGUCUCUCUGUGCAGAAAACUUCAAAAGAAUCUGCAGCAAUGGCUACUCCACAAGGCGAUUCCGGUCCUCAGCCCCAUGGCUCUCCUGCAGAAACCGAGUCUCAGCUCUCUUCUCUCCUCUACGAUUUGUCACAGCAAGUCCAGAUGUCAAUGGGAAACAUGCUUAAGAUGAUAGCUGAAAUUGAUCAAAAUUCCGCUGGAAUAAUGGAGGAGAUUGCAAAAUGUAAAGAUUCUGCGGUGGAGAAGAAGAAAGCAUUGGAGGAAGAGAAGGAGAAGUUUCAGAAAUCUGCUUAUGCUGUAUUGGAUAUGCUUAACAACACAUGCUAAACCGAAUUUUACAGUGGCAGCGCUGUUUAUAUGAUAUUAUUGGAGUGCAGAGGAUAUAUUUACCAUCUGGGUUAUGAGAUCUUCGGAGACUCCUUUGACCAGAUAGGCGUUUUCAACAGUGUUGCGGAAAAGAUGCUGAGAAAUGCUAGAUCUUAUUGCCUUAGGUAGGUCCUCUAACACUUCUUCUUGCUGUAACUCUGCUGUCUUAAACUUGAGUUGCAUGUGUGCUAGCAUUUGCUCCUUCAACCCUUCUGGAAGCCUAUUCUUGCUUGCAUAUCUUAAUAUCUCAUUUAUGGCAUCCCUCUGUCAAACCAUAUGAUCCACACACAUCAAUAUUUACUAGCAGCACUUUCUACUUUUUGAUCU